UCGGAGGCGCCGUCGCUUUUCACUUUCAGUUUGUCGUGAGCAUUUGAACUCGGAGCAGCGCCCCCAGAGCCCACAGCGGGACGCAGUUGUGCCCAAAUUUUUGUGGCAAUCGUGCGUGCAGGCAAUAGAAAAGCCAGAAAAGAAAAAAAUAGCCACAGAAAGGGAAGCAGAGAAAAGCUGAGAAAAACGUUCCAAAGAAGCUACAAGCUGAAAAAGAGAAAAAUGUACAAGAAAUGUUUUUUUAAAUAGUGUGGAGGCGAGUGUGGUGCGGCUAACGGAACGACGAAGCAAGUUGCUGCUGCACAACGAAACUUAGAUAGAGUACACACAUAGGAAACAUUUCAUAUCCCCGCGGCGAACAAUAAAACAAGAGCCAGCAGCAGCAGCAGAAGCAGGAGCAGCAGAAGCAGAAGCAGAGGAAGCAGACGGAGAAGCAGUGGAAGCAGAAGCAACAAAAACUACAAUAAGAGCAAAAAUGACAGCAAUAAGUUUAAGCAAUAAAACACUGCUUGGCAAGCAGUUCAAAAAUGCACGCAUCACACAAUAAGCAGGCCUCAAGGAUAAGCAAGAAGAAAAGCAAAAGCAAAAGCAGAAGCAAGAGCAAAGGUGAGGCAGAAGCCGAAGCCGACGAAGAGCUGGACAACAGAAAAAAGCUUUAAUUUAGGAGUUAAUCAUAUAUAGAAACAGAGAGAGAACGAGAGAGAGAGAGUGAAGUCCCCCCGCUCUCCCAGCCCCCGCCACCAACCCGCACAAACUCAACUGCCAAAGAAAAUAAUAGGAGAAGGUAGAUAGGACCCUGAAAAAGGACAACAGUACAGGACGAUUAAGAGCAGAGUGCAAAGGAAAGGGAAGGGACAGAGUGAGAGAUAGCCCGCGAGAGCCACCCACUUUUGCACGACAACCGGGACACUGAAACAUUCCACCCAAUAGCAUGGCCUCGGUCGCCGCUUGGCUUCCCUUUGCACGGGCGGCGGCCAUCGGUUGGGUGCCGAUAGCCUCCCUUCCACUGCCACCGCCCCCCGUGCCCAAGGACCGACGCAAGACGGACGACGAGAAGCUGCUGAUCAACGUAUCCGGCCGCCGCUUCGAGACCUGGAGGAACACCCUCGAGAAGUACCCGGACACGCUGCUCGGCUCCAAUGAGCGGGAGUUCUUCUAUGACGAGGACUGUAAAGAGUACUUCUUCGACCGGGAUCCGGACAUAUUCCGCCACAUACUCAACUACUACCGGACGGGCAAGCUGCAUUAUCCAAAACACGAAUGCCUCACCAGCUAUGACGAGGAGCUGGCCUUCUUCGGCAUCAUGCCGGACGUGAUUGGUGACUGCUGCUACGAGGACUAUCGGGACCGGAAGCGAGAGAAUGCCGAGCGCCUCAUGGACGACAAACUGUCGGAGAACGGGGAUCAGAACCUGCAGCAGCUGACCAACAUACGGCAAAAGAUGUGGCGUGCCUUCGAGAAUCCGCACACGUCGACCAGCGCCCUGGUCUUCUACUACGUUACCGGCUUCUUCAUCGCCGUCUCCGUGAUGGCCAACGUGGUGGAGACGGUGCCGUGCGGACACAGGCCGGGCCGGGCUGGCACCCUGCCGUGCGGCGAGCGCUACAAGAUCGUCUUCUUCUGCCUGGACACCGCCUGCGUAAUGAUCUUCAGCGCCGAGUAUCUGCUGCGGCUCUUCGCCGCACCCGAUCGCUGCAAGUUCGUGCGCUCCGUGAUGAGCAUCAUCGACGUGGUGGCCAUCCUGCCCUACUAUAUCGGUCUGGGCAUCACAGACAACGACGACGUCAGCGGUGCCUUCGUCACGCUGCGAGUUUUUCGCGUCUUCCGCAUCUUCAAGUUCUCCCGCCACUCGCAGGGUCUCCGCAUCCUCGGCUACACGCUCAAGUCGUGCGCCAGCGAGCUGGGCUUCCUCGUCUUCUCGCUGGCCAUGGCCAUCAUCAUCUUUGCCACCGUCAUGUUCUAUGCCGAGAAGAAUGUGAACGGCACAAACUUCACAUCGAUUCCGGCGGCGUUCUGGUACACCAUAGUCACCAUGACGACGCUCGGCUAUGGCGACAUGGUGCCGGAGACAAUAGCUGGCAAAAUAGUGGGCGGCGUCUGCUCACUCAGCGGUGUGCUGGUCAUCGCCUUACCUGUACCUGUUAUCGUAUCGAACUUUAGUAGAAUCUAUCACCAGAAUCAGCGGUCGGACAAGCGCAAGGCACAGCGGAAAGCUCGCCUGGCGCGCAUCCGCAUUGCCAAGGCCUCGUCGGGAGCUGCCUUUGUCAACAAGAAGAAGGCCGCCGAGGCUAGAUGGGCGGCCCAGGAGUCGGGCAUUGAGCUGGAUGACAACUAUAGGGAUGAGGAUAUCUUUGAGCUGCAGCACCACCAUUUGUUGAGAUGUCUGGAGAAGACAACGAUGUAGCCACAUUUGAACAUCCUUGUAAUAGUCCAAAGUUAUACACUUUGCCUCAAGCUCGUUAGGCAAGCAAUGACAAAGCCACACACAGCAACCACAACCCGAACAACCAGAACAACAACCACAGCAAGAACAACUACCAGAGCCCCAUUGCAGUCCUGUCAUGAGGCCACAAGAAAAGAAAAAGGAUUGGGAUUGGGAUUGGGAUUCAGAAACCGCGCGAGUCUCCCAUUUAUGAAACUCGAGAAGCUCGUGAAGCUCGUGAAACAAAAAACCCUAGAGAGAACUGAACUGAACUGAAAUGCCAAUCUUUUGUAUGAGAUCCGCGUACUUUUGUUUACGAAUUGUUUAUGUAUAAUUAUUAUAUUUUCGGUUCUUAUGUGUGGGGUGGGGGUACAAUUCUUAAGUUGUGCAGUCUAAUAUGUUCUAAGUUUUCCAUUUGUGUCAUGUUUUUCGCACAAGCGUUUCAAGAGCAGAAUCAACCAAAUAUAAUGCAUAGCAAUAAAAAAACGCAAUUAAAAUCAAUUGUCUAUACCUUUGAUAAACGAAUAUUAAUUCAGAAAAGUAAGUGCUUUCGGUUUGUACCUCAGUUCCGUUGUUUCUUCCUUCAUAUUUCUCUAUCUUUAACUCUAUCCCUUUCUCUGUAUCUCUGUAUCUAUUGCUCUCUAUCUCUAUCGCUCUAUCUCUCUCACUCACUCACUCACUCACUAUCUCUAUCUAUCGUUUAUGCGUUGCAAUUAAUUUUUAUGAUUUUCAAUUCUUAUUUUUCUUGGUUUCCUUCUUGGUUGUACGUCCAUACAUAUGUUGUUUUUCGAUUCCUUCUAUUGAAAGCAAACGAUUUGUGUGUUGAAUGCUAUGCGCUCUGUUCUGUUUCAAGUUCUUUGAAUAGGUCAUUACCGAACAGCAUUGAACCGAACGAUAUGAGAAUGCUAUAGCCCUCCCACCCCCAUGAUAUCAUGAAGAUUCGGAAACGACCAUUUGGCCAUAUGCAAUCGAUUGCUGUCAACAUAAAGCCCAAAACGAAACGAAAAACGAAAAACAAGAAACUACAAAAUCUAAAAACUUUACCCCAUCCCAAAAAAAUAUAAACAAUUCGGAUUGCUGAGAGCUAGCUCAUCAAGUGGCCAAAAUGGGUGGAUGGAAAUCCACUCAAGUGGUCAUACUCGUAAAAAGUCCAUUUAACUAUUCAAUUUAUUUUUUUACAUUUUAUUAGUGAGCAAUUCUAGACCGAAUCUUUUUUUAAAUAUGCUCUGAUUGUGUUAAAAAUUUGUUUUCGUAUAACUUUUGUGUUUAAAUAAUUUGGAUGAAGAUUUCCUGAAAAUUCCUCUAAAAGCAGCCUUAUUGUUUUGAAAUUGGUUCAUAACCGUAAUAUAAGUGGUAGAUUGCCGUUUCAAACUGAGCUACUCUGUUGUCUGGUAUAUUUUUCAUUAUAAAUGCAUAAUACUCGGUGCGUUUCGGCUCCUAGCCGUUCAUGUGUAUGCUCCACAGCAGUAGUCUAGCCGUAAACCACUUGAUGAGCACUCAAAUUCCUCACCUAAAACCACAAAUAAAUAAAACAGGAUCCGUCAUAAAUCUAAAUCGCUUUUGGGCGGCCAUAGACGCGAACGCGCUUUUAACAGCGGCAAAUGAAAUCAGAAAAAUGUACGAAAAAUCGCACUCAACAAACGCAUAAAACGUGAACGCGUUUAUAACAGCUUGCAAAUGAAAUCUGAAAAAAAUGAACGAAAAAUCGCACUUUGCUCGAAACCGUUUUUAACAGCUAGCAAUUGAAAAACGAAUGAAAAAUGGCUGGCGCUUGCUUCUACCUCGUCCCGCUCGGCUCUGCCCUGCCCUGCCCUUGCCCAAGCCCGCAUUUAUUGCUCUUUCCACCACGCUGCCCGCUGCCCAGCGCCCCCAUCCGUUUGGCUGUCUAACAAAUUGUUCUUAUAGUGUUUAUUGUGUUAUUGUAAAAUUGUCAUUGCUUAGGAGCCGCAACAAAGAAACAAAAAAAAAGAAAACAUCAUUUCUAUACCCAUUAUAGAAUUUUAAGCGUUUAAAUGUUUAAUACCCUUUCUCCCCUCAGUCCCCCGUACCCAUAAACCCCGCUUAAUGUUCUAAUUGUUGUUUUUGACUUGAAAGAGAUGGAAACUCUCGCUCUAAGUAUUUAUAUAUUUCUUUGUAUGUAUUUAACCCUGUCCUGUGUUCUAUGUUCGUGUGUGUAAGCCCCUCCCCCAACCUUCCCCAAACCC